AUGGAUGGUAUCUUCAACAAAGUUAUUGCUUCAAUCUUUUUGGCUAUGAUUACAGAAUCUUAUUCCCCUACUGGCGCACUUAUAAUAGUACCAAUUAUUAUCCUAUUAUUAUACCGGAAAUUCAUAACUCGACACUCGAGUCUCGAAGAUACCUACGACGGUGCCUGGAGCGAUUUAGAGACUACACGGUCGGGUGGUUCUAGCUUCCAACCUCAAUAUGGCACACUCCAUCUCAACAACCAGAAGCUUUAUGAGCCAGAGGUCGAGCCGCUACGAAUUAUCAAACGUAGCCAAACCGUUACCAGUCGCAUUUCGAGCUCAAGAUUUGGAGGCGCAGAUGAAUGGGGAAUGGCUGGGUCCCCGUUCGAUGAUGAGGGUGAGGGAAGCCCGCCGGUGGCAGCGGACAGACCUUUAGUGUCUUUGACUAUACACAAAAUAAGAAGGGGUAAGGGUAGAGGCAGCAUUCUGGAUGAUAGCGAUUUAUCCAUCAAGAUUGUGGACAUUGUGAAGCAAGAUCAUCCUGACUAUUCGAAAGACGAUUUUGAACUUACGCCAAAAGCAUCUGAAGCGCAGAGGAAAAUAAGCACAGGAAACUUCUUAAGGACAGAAUUGCAUUCUCUGAGUUCAGAAAAAGAUGUUGAAUCUGCAGAUAUUCGAAAAUUAGCUGGCUCUCCUGUGGUACCCCAAAGAAAGAAAUCCAAAUCCAAGUAUUCUUUGUUGAGGGCAUUUGGUGGUCGACGGAUUGAGGAUCUGGAUUCUAAUCCUACUCUUGAUCGGAGUCAUUUUUCGACUUCGACGAAAUCACAUAGUACUCUUCUUCGCAAGCUUUCUCGUAGAAAAUCUUCAGCUUCUACCAUUCAAUCGAUGGCUUCUUUGAGUGUUAGGACCGUCGAACUCGCUAAUCCAUUUGAUACAAUUGAUAAUCAGAAUAUCAAUGAUUCCAGAACCAAUUCAAGAAUAUCGUCCUACUACGAUGGCACCAUCAUAAUGUCAAACCCACCUACACCUACACCCACACCAACGCUGGUACCAACAAUCAGCUCUUCUAGAGAAGACAAUUUCGUUCUGUGCCCGCAAAUUUCUGUCACUCCGGAGAGUGCUAGUGUGAAUGCGGGUGUUUGUACAUUAUGGGCUGCUGUUGAGAUCACCGGCGUACUUAGGAAAGCUGAUGGCACAUCGACAUUAGAUGAUGCCGGUCGCACUUAUAGUACAAAAGAUCUUACUUCACGAUAUUUAGACCUCAGAAGUUAUGGCAGCCUCCACAACAUUGCUGUUGAAUUCCAACCUGGGCCAGAUUGUAUCAUAGUUGACCAGCCGGCAGACACCUUUCAAGCUAAGACUAUUCGGACACUCGGCUUUCUUAAACUUAAGAUCGCAAGCUGCCGAGGAGAGUUCAGGCUCUUACCACAACACACUUUGCUAGAAACUAAAGCCACAGCAUCUAUUAAGCGCCACAAUCCAGCGUCUGCUUGGUCACCUAGAAGCUCUGGGACUUUAAAUUCGGCAGUAGGAGCUAGUGUGCUUACGAAGAUUAUCGAAAAGCACUUUUCGGCCGAGAAAUCGAAAGAAGCACUUCAGAGCUCGCGGAAGAUAGAACAACAAUUCCAUAUCCUCGAAGAACCUACGGAUAUUUGUCGGAUAAGGAAAAUCGGAAAUCUACAGCGAGCUCAUUGUCAUGUGUAG